CCUCGGUGCCAGUGCAGUUGUAUGCAUGGUCCCAAAGUGCGCUGCCAACUUGAUGGAUCUACAUUAAGGACCAUCUUUGCCUUUGCCCCAGUAUCUGGAGAUUUCUUGCAUUCCUUUCUUUGAUCUCUCGGUCAUGCAACGAAGCUCACACACUCUCAAAAAGGUUGUUGCAAUUUGGAGGUAGAUGCCCGGCAACGCGCCUGCAGCACUUUAUAGUAUCGACCUGUCAGAUCGGAUGCCCCGAUGAGAGAUCCAGUUGACGCAGCGGCUGCCAUGGCUUACCAUCCUUUCCAAGCUCAUCGACCUGGUGCCUUACCCUUGUCAGCCUUUUUUACCGCCGUUCAGCCCUCGUUUUUCCCUGGGCUUGCUUUCCCGGACGUCGCCUCCCUGUCCUUGCCUCUGUCGGAGCAGGCUGCCUCUGACGCGGGGCUGAUGCGCGCAGCUUUGGGACGCCAGCAUCAGCCAGUAACUCAUCCACGGUCAUUGAAGAGCCUGCAGACAGAGGAGGGGCUGGAUGAUGACCCGAAAGUCACACUGGAGUCAAAUAAUUUAUGGUCUGAAUUUCACAACAUGGGAACUGAAAUGGUUAUAACAAAAUCAGGAAGGAGGAUGUUUCCGGCUUUCAAAGUGCGGGUAGAAGGGCUGGUUGAAACGGCAAAGUAUAUCCUGCUGAUGGACAUUGUCGCUGUGGAUGACUGCCGCUACAAGUUUCACAACUCCCGCUGGGUGGUGGCUGGAAAAGCAGACCCGGAGAUGCCAAAGCGCAUGUACAUCCACCCAGACAGCCCGUCCAAAGGAGAGCAGUGGAUGAGCAAGCCCGUCGGUUUUCAUAAACUCAAACUCACCAAUAAUAUUUCGGAUAAGCAUGGAUUUACAAUUUUGAAUUCAAUGCAUAAAUACCAGCCGAGGUUUCAUAUUGUGAGAGCCAACGACAUAAUGAAGCUUCCGUACAGCACCUUCCGGACUUAUGUUUUCCCGGAGACGGAGUUCAUCGCUGUCACUGCGUAUCAGAAUGAAAAGAUUACACAGCUAAAAAUCGACAACAAUCCCUUUGCCAAAGGAUUCAGAGACACAGGAAAUGGGAGACGAGAAAAGAGAAAUAAGCCGUUUAGCAUGUCUUCGGCGCACGAGAACCACAGCAAAGCGGACAGGGACUGUGCUGAUUCUGAUGACUCGUGUGAACAUCCCAAUACCAGUGAUCACUUUUAUUCCCCUCGGGAGCUGGUGAGCAGCCCUCUGAUGUCCACACCAACCUGUCAAGAUGACAACAAUAUUGGAAGUGACUCCGAUAUUGAUCUACAAGAUGAGGACAUUGCUGAAGCCAGCUGUUCCAGGACUGAACAUACGAGCACUUUGAGUGAGAAGAGCGAGGAGACUCAGUGGAACAAGCCUGCUCUCAGUAACAGUGACGAAAACCAGGACACAACAAAAGAGAGAACAAUGUCUCGAACAUCCGAUGAUAUCUACUCUAUGGAGAUUGAUUCUCCAAAAAAGCACAUGAGCGAAAUCAAAGAUGGGGUGUUGCCUGUGAUGUUGCAAACACAGAGAUCGUCAUACCUCAACGCUGGUCACCUUCAGACUUUUGAUUUCUCGAGUGCACAGAGCCAACAGUUUCUUAAGCUCGGGGCACCUUUGUCGUUUCAUCCGGGACAUUUGCCAGGGAAGCCUGAGGGUAUGUUGUCUGCUUUGCCUGGAGUAGAAAAUGGAGGACCGUCUUCUCGAAGCAUCACCUCUUCAUCGCCCCUCAUGUUUCACCUGUCUCAGCACAUGCUGGCAUCUCAGGGAAUCUCAUUGUCACCCUUUGGAGGACUGUUCUCCUAUCCAUAUGGCUACAUGGCAGCACCAGCUCUCCCCGCCUGUUCUGCGACCUCUACGCUGGCAAGAAACCACACUUUCCGCAGCUCUCGGCCUUGGUUACGGUUCAACCCUUAUCACAUACCCACCACCUCUGUCACCUCAGGCCAAAACCUGCUUACAUCCAGAUCUCCUGGCAACUCAAACUCACAAUAUGAGCUGUCCAAAUCAGGAAGCAGAGAGUCAAGUCCUGUGUCUGACAAUCACAAAAGUCCCAAAACCAAGGCAAAGCAGAAGACUGCUUCACCGAAAAACUCACAUAAUGCGGUUAGAGGACUUGAUGAACCACUUCCUCCACAAUAAACUCUCCUAUAUGUAGUUACUGGGUGAUGGACACACUGACAAGUUUAUGAUGCAGCACAUAUUACUCACCUAAAAUUAAUAUUGUCAGAAACUGCAUGUGUUGCUACUAUUCAACUUGUCAUCAUAUCAUCAAUAAACAUUCCUAAUAAACACUGAUUUGGUGAUUUGCAAGUCAAAAGACACCCAAUUAUGUUAACACUGGGCUUAAUUAUAUUGACUAUAUUUUAGUAUAACUACAUGUUUAAAUAAAAAGGUUAUAUGAAACCUAGAUGUCUAUAAAACAUUCAGUUCUUGAGCAAGAUUUGGCACAGUUUUAACCGAUAGACAUUGGAUGUGUGAUUUUUAAGAACACCAAAUCAAUGCUUACUUGACAUAAUAAAAAAAAUAUUCAAAUGGUCAUUGGAAUUCCUUUGUGGAAAAUGAGUUAUGCAAAACUCAAAGGCCCAAAGUGAAAUGCUCUCGGACAAUCACAUGCUUUAUAUAUCUGUAUUCUGUUUGAUGGUGUAAAUAUUGUGUUCUUGUCAUUUUAGUUUUCACAUACUUUAUAAAACAUGACUAAUCAAAGCCACCUGUUCACAGUUUCACAUUCUGUUGAUGUGCCAAAGCUGCACCGGGGUCUUGGAGGAAAAACUCAGGAUUGUUUUUGUUUUUUACUAAAUUAUUCAGGUGAAUUGCUUUUGCGUGUGUUUUUCACAAUUUAAAUAAAAAUGUUGUUCACAUUUCA